AUUUUGGUGGUGAUCCGGAUCGCCUUCUGGAUCCAGGAAUUUUUUGAAGGAUUCUUUAUCAUUGUGAGAUAGGGCAAAUUUUGGAAUUUUUGCAUUAAACUCUAUAAAAAUGGCCAGAGUCUUUAGUAAAAAAUUACACAAAAGGAUCUCAAUGAGUUUUAUGAGGUGUCAAAGGUUGAUCCUGAUCCAGACAAAAUUCUGGAUACUGUGAUCCAGAACACACAAUUGUGUUAUUAACAUUAUGAACAGUGAACACACCAGUUUAAACACAAAUAAAAGUUUAUAAAAGACACGUAACACUAAAAGUUUUGGUGUGAAUCACAAUAUAAGGGGGGACAUGAGCUGCUUGGCAGAGGUCUGCGCUCUCCGAGUGCUUUUCUAGUUCCCCUUAGAAACAUGGAACAGAUAAUGCAUUUGUAAACUUAAAAUCAAUAAAAUAUUAAAUGUAAUUUAAAAAUCAUUAAAAUGGUUGAAAUUGACAGAACAGUAGAUACCAAAGUAGUAAUGUGUUCAGCCCUGAUUCAAAUGAGCUGACAGUUUGUGCACACCUAAAGUGUUCAGGGAGUUUGUUCCACAGGAGAGGAUGUAAAUAUGUAAAAAUUAAUUCAAAUUAUGUUUUCAAAGAUAGUUGCUGAAGAAAAACCAACAGGAGAUCAUUAACAUAUGCAGUGAUUAUUUUUUUGACAUAGCCUAUGCUGGUUAAAGUGAAUAUUUCUAUAUUUUACUUUUUCUUUUCUUUUUUUUCCAGGUUUGGCACUUUGUAGACAGUCCCCUGACAGCCAGUGUGAGAGGAUGGCUCACACUGAGAGAAAUCAUGCACUUUAAUGCUGUCAGCCUCACUGAGGGCAAAAAGAGAUAUGAGAUUUUGAAAAGUUAUGUUCUGCUGCUGUAUUAAUGACCUGUUAAGUAUGAAACUAUGAAUGUAUUUCUGACUUUACACGCAUGUCCAGUAUCACAAGAUUAAGUAUAACUUUAUACAAAAAAAGAGUGUUCAAAAAGAUAGAGACAGAGACUAGAUCAAACUCUUACUGCAGUUCGAUGUGCAUAUUGUUGAAAACAACCGGAUUGAUCAAAUCAGAUCAAUUACUCCCCUUUAGUUUUAGAUCAGUCCAUGUACAGUAAAUUUAAAACACUGAGCUUACACUGGCUCCUGGUCUGUUAUCUUCUUACAGCUGUGUCACCUGAAUAUUUCAGUCAUCUUAAGCAGUCCCAAUCACACAGCAGCUUCAGAUAUUGUUUCUCAUUUUGUUGUUUUAAUGCUCACACAAAGCAAAAUUAACAAAGAAUUUCCCAACUUGAAGUCCAAGGCUGGACUAAAGCCGAGUUCACGUCUUGUCUUACAUGUUGUGAAGAAAACCAGAUUUCCUUCAAUCAGAUCUGGGGCGGGUUUAAACAUGAAAAACUGUAUUUCGCUGGUUUCCAAGCUCAAUGCUACACUGUCACGAAACGUUGUGCAACAGGAUUUGAGGCACAUUUUCUCUCAUUUGGCGGCAGAGUCAGAGGUUUAACCCAGUCGGAGCAGGAAAUCCAGAAGUAUUUUCCCAGAUUAUUAACAUGACAUCAUCCGACAACCCUAAAUCUGAAAAAAUUAGGAUGUGAAAUGUUGGGAAAAAAAAACAGAUUUUGAAGGCUUCACCCCAUUUAGUGAAAGACUGCUUGGGCGAAUGGUUCACCAAUUUCAGGGUAAGGUUCCAGGUAUGCCAAAACAGACUCUGUCGUGGAAAUCACUUCCUAGAGCAGCUGUCCACAAACAGUUUGUCACUCAGGUUAGUGGACUGAGGACCAUACCAAACUUCCUUGUGGUAAGAUGAAUCAAAAUUUGGCACUCUUUUGGAAACCAUGGAUACCGCUCAAUUCCAAAGACUAGAGGGAACAACUGGCUUGUUGUCAGUGAACGGCUCAAACGUUAGUAUCUCUGACAGUAUAGGGAUGCAUGUGUGCCCAUAGCAUGAGUAGCUUACACAUCUGCAAAGGUCGAAUAAAUGCUGAACAAUAUGAACAGGUUUAUGAUGCUGUCUAGACAAUAUUGCAACAGCAUGGCUCUGUAGUAGCAGAGUCCAGGUGUUACAAGUGGUCUGCUUGCAAGAAAAGAACAACAUCUCAAAGACAACCGUCAGGAAAAGUGCUGCUAAAAGAAUCAGUGUUGCAACACAAUCAUGAACAUGCCCCAAUUCUCAACAUUUUACUGACAUCAAACUUGAAUUUUCAACAUUUGAUAUAGUUGUCUUUGCACUUUUUCCAUUAAAUAUAAUCUGUAAAUGACAAGGAAGCCAUCAAAUUCUGCUUUUAUGAACACUGAAACACUGGCCAAAGUCUCUUGCAGUUUGGGAUUGUAGAGCAUUAGUGGUAGUAAAGUGACGGGGCCCAAUCCGUUACAUCCCGGAUCUUAUCUUAAUGUGUUUCAAUGCUGUUGGUUUGUUGUGAACUUAUUGUCAGUGUUCUAUUAGUUUGUUCCUAGUGCUUAGUGUGUUGUCAGAAAUCUUGUUUGCUAAGUGUGACAGACUGCAGUAAAUCUGCAGUAAACUGAUCAGAUUAUCACAGCAUCACGUCUCUCUCUCUCUCUCUCUCUCUCUCUCUCUCUCCCUCUCUCUCUCUUUCUCUCGCCCGGCGACCCAGCAGAUGGUCUCAGUCUCUCUGUGAAUCUGUCUCUGUUUUGAUGACCAUCUGAUCACAUAAUGCAGCUGUAGACGUACAAACACUUGAAUUUGGAUUUUUUUUUCAUAUUGAGAAGCCUGAAAACAGCAAAGUAAGUAUAUUGAUUAUUAAUACAAAAUAUAUGCAAGCUAAAUGUUGGUUAAUGCUUUGUUUAAUAUGUGAGCAGCUUCAGUUAAGAUUUGAGUGUAAACCAUAGAUUUUUGCAGAACCAGGAAUUUGGUGAUACAAAGGACUUCAAGCAAAGUAAGAAGUUCAAAACACUGCAACUCCAGACACAAAAACAAAAACUUUAGACUUGUGCAGUAAAUAUAUGUUGAUUUUAAAGUGGUAUAGUGGGGUAAAGUUUCAUGUAUGGUAUGUGUAAACUAAACAGGAUAUUUGCAAUAUAGAACAUAUUUCCAAAUUUGACGUUUGAGUUUAACUUCUGUAACAAUAUUUCCUCAUUCUCAAUCUGAUGUUAGGGUUUUAUUCCUAAAUACCACCUUCCUCUAUUCUUGAAGCUUUCCUUUCAGUAUCACACGUGCUCAGACAUCUAACAAAUGGUAUGCUUCCUCUUACAAAUAUAAACGGUCUUUGGAGAGAGCACUGGCACCCAUCAGAGUUGUAUCAAUUGUAAUUUCAGCUAAUAUUUAUGUCUAUUGAUGACAAACUGAAGAAAAAAACACAAAGAAAAACUCCAUUCCCAGGAUGUUGUUCACAUUUUUUCAGUUUUUAUAUGAUUAUGUCAGUGUCAUGACAUUUUAUUUGUUGUUGAGGCUCCAUGAAUGUUCAGAGGAGGCUAAAAACUCAAAUGUCCAGGGUGUCUCAGGAUCUGUGUUUGGUCCUAUGUGUGAGCUCUAAACCUGUUACUGAGGUCAGAGGUUGAUAACCGGGUUAAAGGGUAAGAGCUGAAACUUGCAAAAAAUCCACUAUCUUUUUAGUUGUUUCACAAUAAGAUAAAAAUCAGAUCUGGUUGUCAUGUUUUGAGUCUGUUUGUGUGACAGUGAGGCAUAUAAAGACACUGAGGGACAAUCAGUCACACUAAAGUGAUUCUGACAGAAACAGACGCUAAACACCUCCAGACCAGCUGUUCAGCUUUACCUCACGAGUCAACACAAAGAAUUAACAAGUCAUUAGCAAGCCUUAACAACAGGUCUCUCACGCUCCAGGCUGGUCCUCGGCUUGAUUUCAGCUCUGAAGGUGCAUUCAGGGUUUCUUGUCCAGCCAUGAGGAAAUUUAAACAUUGAAGGAGCUGAGUUACAGCAUCACAAAUAAAGAGAGGUCUGCUCGCCUCAAAGCGACAUAUUUUACAAAUCCAAGCUAAAAGCAACACAGCUGCGGCUGCCAAAUGUGAGCAGGACAGCUGGCAGAAAAAUCACACUGAAAUUGUGUAAGUUAAGGCUUAUGGUGUCACCGAGCCAUCAUCAGGGCACACGUAGAUCUGUCUGAAUAUUUGCAUGAACAGAAAGGAGUUGUACUGUAUGCUUUCUGGCAGUCUUUCUAUGAUUUGGAAAGGGAAUGAAAAAGGAGACUUAAACAUUUUUCAGGCAGGUGGUAGACUUAAUGGGCAUCUGUGGCACAGUGUUAAAGUCAGUCGACUUGCAUGUAGGAGUACAUAGAAGUACAGUGCCAGCAAGAACGGUAAAUAUCCCUUGUAUUAAAGCUUCUGUGAAGAGAUUUCUGACAGCUAAGAAAUAGACUGAAAUUCAUAGUGAUGCCUGUUUAUGAUAUAGAAAAGCUGUGCUAAAAACCUCAGGUGAACUCUGAUGUGACCUCAAUGACUGUAAAUCCUGCUGUGUCAUACGCCACUGCUGCUUAUAGCCAAGUUUUAAUCAGGAAAAGAGGAUAUCCAGCAGACAAGACCAGGCAGAAUCAGAUCUAACAUCCCUUGGAAGUGUCUGUGUGUUUCCUUCCUCCUCUUGUUGUCAUACUUCUGCUGUUGAUCAGCCAUUAUUGUGUUAAAACCAUGUGUGUUGUGAGGGCUGAGUUUUAGUUACAGAAAGAUAUGUCAACUUUGAGAUCAUGUUUUACUGAUAGGGCUCCAUCAAAACAAGACCAGAUAAGAAAUGGGAGUAAGUGUAUGCAAGUGUAGCCAAACUAACUAAAGUUAUUGUACAUUGAUGCUGGAAUUGAUUUUUUGCCACAUUGUCAACAGGAAGAAGAAAAAUCCUAAUCUGAAAGAACCUGUUAGGCUCCAUUCAUGGGUUGAUAUGAUGUGAUUUGAGAGAUUAGGUUGUUCCUGACAUCGCUCUUGCUAUUUAGAAUCGAUAAGCUUUGAUACAAGGUUUGACUAAUCAGAAUUAAGUGUUUACCACAGCCAUGGUAAUUGGCUUGAAAACCAGGGUAUAGCAAUGAGUAUUUAACAAGGAUACUUCUAAUAGUAUUUUGUCAGAAAGUCUUCUAAGAAAUCCUGAAUGUCAGGUCUGUUCCAGUUUAUCAACAGUUUUUUUUUUUGUUUGUUUUUUUGUUUGUUUGUUUCCACUGAGUAAUCUUUAAAACAUCUUUCGAACCAGGUAUCAACAAGUCCUCAACAACUGGUUGGUGAAGAUCAGGUCUUUCAAAAACAAUCCUGGUUCACAGUACAGGCCUCAGGUCAAUAAGUCUGUAACAACAUCAGGUCAACAAAAAGUCCUUAAAAUCAGGUCUACAGUGACGAGUCUACAAAAAAGUCCUGUUUUUAACACAAAGUUUAUACUAACAAACCUUUGUAAGUAACAUGUCAUGACCAGAUCCUGUGCAAGACUUUCCAACAAGUCUUUUACUACAGGUCUUUAGAAACAAGUCCUUACUAUGUGUCCAUCGUUCAAAAAAGAUCCAUUCAAGAAGACUUGAACUUCAGGUUGGUGGAUCAAGACUUGAUCAUCAAAUCUUAACAAACAUGUGUUAGACAUCAAGUCUUGGUCAGAAAGGCUCCACCAACUAGACUUUUGCAAAGUCCUCCCCAUCAGGUCUUUAUGAUUAAGUCUAGAAACAGGAUCAUGCCAUCACGACUUUAAUAACAAUCCCAACCAAUAUAUAACAAGCAAGUCUUAAAUGACUAGGACUCACCAACAAGCCUUUGAAAAUAACACUUAAUCAACAAGUUUUGGCCACUGGUUUUAACUGUCCAGCCUUCACCAACAAGACUUUAAAAAGUCCUUAACAACUACUUGAGGUACUAUUUGAAGCUACCAGAGGCCAAAAUGGUUUUUGAGUUCCUUUUGGAAAUUUUUCAAGUCUGUGUUGAGAUUCAAGGGGUCAUUGAAAAGGUUCCAGGUCACCCAGAUGGUUGUAAAUAACUACAAGUCUUUAAGAAGUUGCUUGUUGUUAAAACAGGUUAGUAGGUUCUGGAGUUGUUUGAGACAGUAUUGUGGGACUUAAGAGUACUCUUAGGGGUCUCUGAAAGGUUUUUAUGUUUUUGAAGAAGUUUUGAGAGGUGUUAAAGAAGGUUAUUGGCAUUUUAAGAACAAAUCCUAUGAAGAUCUAAGAUUUUAAAGGGCACUUGGUAUCUUAAAAUUGGAGUACCAUUGAGAUUGCUGUGAUUAAGGAGGUUUUUGGUCUCCCAGAGGUUUUCCUAAUGAGGAAUAGAGGUCAUUUAUUCAAGACCCCUACAACCUUUCAAAAUAUAAGAAUUUCCAGUUCACAAACAUUUCAAAUGUCAACAAUAAGGUUUGAAAACUCUAAAGGACAGUACCAAAAAGCAAUCCUUAAAAAAAUAUGUUGGUGGCUCUUGAGGAAGUGGAAGACUCUCUGGACAGUCUUAAGCUGUGUCCUAAGUCAGGGGUUGCAUCCUCGAAGGACCUGACCUGAAAGGAACCAGCCACUAUAGUCCGUGUGAACUGUUUGGGCUGAGCUGGUAUGAGAUAGUCUGGUCUACAGAGGAUUUCCUGAUUACGUCAUCAGCUGUUUGCACCAUUACCUCCAGAGCAGCACCAGACUAGCCAACAAAACUAGUGUCAUGUGAUCUAAAACUUAACCUGUUAUGUUAAAAAUAAUUUGACUACGCUGGUCAUUUUGAAACAUUUUCUUUGCCAGCUCUAUGAAAUGUUCCCCAGCUGCUUGAGUGUCGACCAUUUGGCUUGUGUUGGUGCUCUAUGAAUUUUAUAAUACAUUGGGUUUUGAGGUAUAAAUAAAAUGCAUCCAUUGUGGCCCCUAGAAAGUAGGAUGCAGCUGUCCUGUGCAUUUGAAGUAGCAUUUGAAAGGGAACUGCCUUUGUCAUCGAUCAGUCUGGAAAUGCUGUAGGUCCCUUAAAAGAUGCAGUUCCCAAGUUGGGACGCUGCAUUUGUCUGGUUCUUGACGUACUUUUUAUGCUGAAUAAGAAAUUCAAUAAUUAGAUGUAGAUGACUGGAAGAAUUGACCUGAGUGUGUUUUUGUUUUAGGAUGAUGAUGAACGACAGAUGGACCAUCAUGAACAACAGCAGCUCAGAGCUGGACAGCAAACGGCCAAGUACACAAAAGGUACACGCCAUAUUAGCUUGUUUUCUAACAAGUUAGACCCAGUCUGAGCUCUUCUCCUAUUCAUAAAAUUCAUUAUUUCAUGACCCGACCAGAGCCUUUGCCUCCUGUUAUUAUACUAUACCUCAACCAUUCCCCAAUCAUCAUCAUCCUACUAACACCAACCCCCACUAUUCCUUCACCCCUCACUACACUAUCAUGAAACUGCAUUCUGUAAUCAACCUCCUAUCUUGUCAGGUUUCACCUCUAAAUCACCCUCAAACCUUGUCACCCCAUUCAACUCAACACCUCCAAACAUCAGUCCACCAUCUCCCAGCUUUAUUCCACCAUUCUCCACCAUCACACAGCUACACUCCCCAACCAUCAACCUCCUGACCUCCAUCCAUCAACCCCACUAACUACGAGCAACCACGCUUCCUUCUUCAGUAGGCUUCUUAGAAAUGAAAGAGAGAGCAUACUAGCUGUGCACCAGUUGUGCUUAACAGUUUAAGCACUAAUUACAUGUGUGGAGGCUAUUUGCCUCAUCGCUAGUUCAACCCCUGGCUAUGAGUCUCCACUCCCACACUUCCCAUUUAUCUUUAGUCGUUCUAUCCUAUAUGGCAAAUAUGUCCCAAAACAAACAAUAUCGGGGGCUUUCUCUCAACUCUAACCCACUCUCUCACUCGCACAAUGGCCACUUUUGGAAAAUACAGUCUUUACUAAAAGUCUGUUACGGCUUUGACUGGUCAUAUUAGAAGCUCCAAAGGCUCAUGACAUAUGAUAGCUCAUCCUUCCUCUGACCAUCAUAGUCCAUCAUAACCCCAAAUUCUCCAACCAUCACCUCACAUCAGCAUCACCAUCGACCUAAUUUCAUCCUUUCAUUUCUCCUUAGCCAACAAUCACCAAGAGGAUCAUACAUGUGGUCAUUCUUCUCUUCGUAGAUUUGAACGAAAUACUAAUUACUCAUUGUAUGUCAGACUUCUGUUGUUGGCUUCUUUGCACUUGUAGUUCCUGGGAAGGCUGAAUAAAGAAGGACUUACAAUUUACAUACCAAAAAAAAAAAAAGGCCAUCACAAUCAGUACACUAAAGAUAAAAUAAGAUAAGAUAUGAUGUGAGAUGGUGAUGAAUGAAUGAAUGUGGAGUAGUUUAAUGACACAUUUUUUAAGCCAAGUUGGGAAGCCUAUGUGGGUCAGCAAGAUUUUAUAAGUCAACACAGUAUAUUAGUUCAUGGCCUUCGACAUAUUUUAGUAUGUACUUAGAUUUUUGAAUAGUAAUCUUCUUCACAGCUCAUUUGUGUAUAAGGAAAAUAAGCCCUGAAAAGGGAAACUUUGCAAAGACAGUUUGCUGAGUUCACCAAUUGAUUUAAAAAAAAUUAAAAUCAACAAAUUGCUCUCAGGUUACCAGAUAUAAUCUAAACCAGCAAAGAGCUCAAAGUCAAUGUUAAAAUGUAGCUUUCCAUUAAGGGGCAUAUCUAAAGGAGCCAACAAGAAAGGGAUCCAUCUGUUUCCUGUUUCUGGAAGGUUUGUUUCCAACACUACAAACAGUCUAAGAGGAGGAAAGGCUUUCAAACUCAGUUUUAUCUGAUUUAAUUUCCAAAGCCAGGCAUGAAUGACUUUCCCUCCAUGUGCAGCACGUUUUAGUUGAUAUGAGUAGCCACAAUUCUGUGUUCAGGGUCACUCUCCAGAGCCGAGGGUAAAGUAAAAAGCCUGUGUGUGUAAAGGGCUUUUUGCUUUAUCCUUGGCUUUAAAGUGUGUGCCUCUGUGGCUUACUUCUAUUAACAGUAACUCUAGUCUUCAAAAGCACCUGGCAUUUGAGCCUUGAGCACUUGGUCGCCUCCUUUUUCACUUUACUUUUUACAUUUAAUAGUCACUAGAUGGUCUUGGAGUAUGCUAUCUGCAGCAGAAGCAAGAAGGUGGCCUUUUUGGGUUCCACUUUUAAAUGGUGCCUUUGUUGUGUAAGCUUUUUCUGGUAACCAACUGUAUGUUGCCCAUAGUUGGUUGAAUUUGCGAAGAUAUUGAAGCAAAAAGUUGAGAGAGAGAGAUUUUGGUGGAGUUCCGUUGCUUCCCAUCUUUAGGCUUUGUCUAGGUGGAAUGAGGUAGAGCCCAAAAUGCAUCAGAAAGCGCUGGUACCUCCUUUCUGUCAGUAAUUUACUCCCCCAUCAAUGUGAAAUUGGUGAGUUUAGUCACGAUGAGAUGAUUGAAAAACACACACUAAAAGGCAUCAUUUGGUUUAAAAUGGUGAUGCACAGAUAGAGGUGUGGAGUCGUGCAGCCACCUGCCCUCUAAAGCUGCGUGAUACCCUGCUGUGUGAUCAGCUAAAUGACAUGGGGAUGAGGAAGCCCACCUCGACUUACCAUCACCCCCCACUAUUAAAUCUGGGAUGAGGAGACUUUAACCUUACACAAAUUAAAAACAUGAAAACUGCACUUAUGUUGUAUUACAACAAUGCUCUCCACAAGGUUCCCAUUGUUUCAGCUCCCACACAAGCUCCUUUCAUCCCCUCAGUCCUUCUUCAACAUUUCAUUGGCAUCAGUGUCAAACUUCGCACUGCUUCUGUUUGAAUGUGUGCUUAGAUGUGACCCUGAUGUCACAGCCAGAGACACUGAUGGACCUACAGACUAACAGACCCACAGAUAGUUAAUUCGUGUUAAUCUGGAGUUAAACUGUCAGAUCAAAGUGUCUCUAAUCUGCAGCAGCUGUCGCCUUCACUGACAUCAGUGAGGAUCUACAGAUUAAACACACAGAGAUGUAAUUUUCCCUGCAGGGUGCAUGUUACCCCACAAAAAUCCCCACCCACAACCCUAACCCAUAGUCAGGCCUCACAUGGGCUGCGGUGACCCUCUCACUGGUGCAUGUAAAAGAUAAAUAAAAACCUAUUCUCUGUUAAUCAUUCUGAAUAAUCACCAGCAGUAAAAGAAUAAAGAGAGGAAAAAGUCUUUCUUAACCAGGUGGUACUGAACAUUAAAACAUCAUUUUUCUGCUGUUUCAUUAUUCUACUACAUUAAUCUGGCAGUUGCCAUCAGUGACAAUUGUACAGAUUAAGAUCAGAGCAUAAAUUGAGUCAAUAUGCUGCUUUACCGCAGAUUAAACUGGAUCUAAUGAGAAACAGUAACAUGCUUAAACACUGGGUACAAUAAGUCAAUAUAUGUAUUAGUAUAACCCAGUGUGCACCAGUAGGAUUUCAACAUUAAAUUCUGCUUUAAACUGGGUCAUGGCCUUCAUCUGAGGCCUUGUAUGACCCCCUCUUAACCAGUCAGUGAGGCAUACAUGGUAUAAUUUACCAUAAAAUCUGGAUUAUGGGUCACUAUGGCAUAUAAAACAGUCUGUUUUUCAGGGGGCUUCUUCAGAGAAAAGGUUUAGACUGUGUUCCUGCAUGAAGAUUUCCAUUGCUGUCAGCAAUGUGCAAUUUCUGUUGACCUGUGUAGCACCAUCUGUUUGGGCCACAGUGCUAGCUUCCUGUUUAGUAGUUGAUCUCAGCCUGUGGUGGUACUGGUAGUUGUGAGGUUCUGACAGACCCACAACAACCAAUGACGGUCACUUGGUAAAUACAAUUUUCUUCAAGGGCAUGAGGCAGAGUAGAGGCAGGCCUUGAGACUACUAGUAUCAGCUACACGUCUGUCCAGUCAGCCAUCCCCUUAUUUAUGCAAAUUUACAAUUUAGCAGUUUUUGAACACGGCUCUUAAACAAUCUGCUGCUUUUGUGUGUUCAGAGAUGCUGCAACCUCCUGUCAUGGUCGAUUGGCGUGUUGUUGGUCGUAGCAGCUCUUGUCACAGCAACAGUCACCAUCCUUUAUGUGAACAAGUAUCCUCUGCCCUUCGUCAGCAGGUAAGCACACCUGUCUCUUAGUCUGAACAACCAGCCUGAAUCAUCAUCCAACUGUCACUUUGUUCUCCUGUCUCCUGUCUGUCUUACCUACCUGUCUCUCUAACUGCCCAUCUCUCCCUGUUGUCAUAGUAACAGGGGUGGAACCGCCUCUUCCUCACCAGUUAUCUCAACCAAUUCCAAAGACUCUGGUGCCCUGGUGACCGUCUCCCGAGUCACGGACGGUGAGCCAAUCAGCAUCUUCCUUGACCCAAACUGUCCAGACUACAGUGCUAACUUCCUGCGCUGGGAGGCGCUGCAGAGCUCUCUGCUGCGAGCACUAUCCACUCAAAACACAGAAGACUGGCCAAACACAGGAUUGGUCCAAAAGCUUUCAGAGGAGCUGAAGGUACUGUCAGGCCACGCCCACAACCUGAGGCUUGAAACUGAUUCACUGAAAAGAGGUCAAGGUGUUUUGGACCAAAGACUGGAUGGACUGCAGGGCGAGCAGAGCCGCAUUAUACAGGUGAGACAAGUUAUAUUUGAUAAACGAUAUUAACUACAUGCCAUCAAGGUUACCUGCACAAUACAUAAUCCAGGCAAGCACACCACUUUAUGAAAUUAAGAAUAAAAUGCAUCAGCAGAUUUCUUCAUAAUUACUAUAUUAGUUAAAAAAAAAACUACUGUGGUAAACUGAAGUAUAAAGCAACUGUAUAGAAUAAGUAAAUUAUUUUCUAUCUGGAACAAAUAUUUAUAAAAGCUCAUGUGAGGAACUUUCAGUUUGUGUCACUUUUUGGUUAUAACACAAAAUAACAUUGUUUUUAAAUUAUGAACUUCCACUUUCACUCUCUCUCACCUGUACAGGUGUUGUCUGACAGCCACUCAGGUGUAUUAAAGCUGGCUGCAGGUUUCAGUGAUUCCUUACUCAGUCUGCAGAGGGAAACAGAAAGUCUAAGGAGACUCAGCAGCGACCUGCAGACGGACAACAAAUACAGAGGUAACACACUCAGUGACACGCACAAACGCACUCUAUUACAGACACAGUAGCACAGACAAAAGUAACACGCAUUCACCUUAAUCACCAAGUAACACAAGUAACUCUAACACAAACAGUUGCACAUGCUGGCAGCAUGCAUAGUAACAUGCAGGGGAAAAAAAAAAAGUAUGUCACAGAAAACAUGUCAUGCUGUUACCACUCGCUGGUCAUCCAGGAUAAAUCAUCACUUACAAUGAUUCAACUUAAUGCAGCCCUUCAACUGCACACAUAGAGAGACUGACUGCUGUGUAGGCAGUGUCUGUAUCUGUAUAAUGUGGCUGUAGAAUGUAAACACACCUGAGUCGAAAUGCUGCUACCAUAACACACAUUUGGAAACUUUUGAUGAGAUGAAAUUGAUUUUAAAAUGGUUUAACUCUUCUGUCUUUUGGUGGUCUGUCUUUAAUAUUCUUUUCCCCUCAUCCGUUUGGUUUUCCCUCUUCCAGCUCUCAGACCCAAAGACUGCAGUGAUGUCUUGGCAGCCGGUAACACUCAGGAUGGAGUUUAUUCUGUGUUUCCGACUCACGACCCUGAUGGCUUCAUGGUUUACUGCGACAUGACCACCGAUGGAGGAGGCUGGACAGUAUGUGGCGCAUACACACAAUCACACAUGUUCAAACAUACACAUAUACCACUGCAGCAGCAUCCUCCGGUAGUCAUCAGAUCAGCCACAGAGAGACUAGAGCAGAUUACAAUCAUGCACUGCUAAUUAGCUUUGCUAGCAAACAUUUAAACAAGCAGCUGUCUAGUUGUGCUGGCUGGUUGUUCAAGCUCUUUGAUCUUUAAUUAUUUGUGUUUUUCUGUUGUGUGUGUGUCUGUCUGCAGGUGAUCCAGAGAAGGGAGGAUGGCUCAGUGAAUUUUUUCAGAGGCUGGGAUGCUUACAGAGAUGGUUUUGGGAAAACUACAGGAGAGCACUGGCUAGGUCUGUAUGCACUUAAACUGGCAAUUGACCACUUAAACCAGAGCAAUGUGUAACUAGCACAGGCAUGUAGAUGUUAAAAGUGUGAGCUCUGCUACUGAUUGUUGCAGUGAUGAAGAAAACAUGACACACUAAAUACUUGACCUAUCUAUUGAUAUUGAAAGUAUCUGGUACAAGGAGAUUAGUAGUGCUUAAGUGUACAAAUGGUGAAAGCAGGGAUUUUGCUGUUCUGACCCCACCAGUAAAAUCAGUCCAUCACUUCAAGACCAGACUACAAAUGGCCUGGUGCUCUGGCAUUUGGUGUGAAUAUGUCUCAGAGUAUAGAAGUGCAGUCCCUGGCACUAUGCACCUGAGUGGAUACAUCUAAUGUUGGCACCAGGACUUUAUAAGAGCUUCUGCGACAGACAAACAAUUGUUCCGAGAUAUGUCCCAGGUUGCUCACCAACCAGAGUGACCAAACAAUUGCACUGCCAUGAGCUUUUUCCAACAAAGUCCAUAAUCUCGCUGUUGUCCAAGUUGAGGUUUAGAUGGAGCCAAUCCUGUAAGAUAAGCAGUAAUGCUAACAUCUGUCACACAAGAUGGCCAAGACCGGCAAGAAUAGCAAGGUACUAUGAGCAUAUAAAGAGUAACAGAUCACAGAACCACAGCAGAGGCUUUGGACUUAGGCUUACUAGUAAAUCAAAGGGUUUAUCUUUAAGUUCAGCUCUUUCUGAACCAGCAGUCACGCCUCCUAGCUUGCCGUUAUCAUUGAUAGGGUUGAUAAAGUUGCUUGUAAAACAGCGUUUGAAAGAACAAAAUAGGGCUGUCAAACAAGUGAAGUUCAGUGUGAAAUGGCAACAGGUAUGGGGUCAUAACUGUAUCAAAAGUAUUUGCAAAUGUGUAUUUCAAUCUGUGAAUGUAACAACAUCCACAUUCGCAGAGUUUUUUUUUCAAUUGUGGAUCUGGUUACUCUAUAAACAGGACCCAUAGUUACUUUCUCAGCAUUCCUCCUCUUUUUUGGCAAAAGAAAAGACCAUUCAAGUUAGAAAAAGGCGAAUUUGUCGCUUGUAACCAUCAACCUUGUAAAGAUCAAUGUUUUUCUUUGUUAGUAGGGUCAAAAACCAACUCGAGCUAGAGCUUGAAAUUAAGGGACGUAGUUGGGUUCAGUUGAGGGAUAGUCAAUUUCUGUAAAGGUUCAAGUCACAGUAUCUACUUGGUCCAAAAGGUGACUAGACUUUAAUUACUUUUUAAAACUUCAAUCAAGCCCAGUUGCCCUUCGGACCAAGACUUGAUUGCCAUGACCUGAUGAAAGGCUCCUCCAGCCCUGAGUUGCUUUUGGUUUAAACUUGGAGGCCUGGUCUAUGACACAAAUCACCAAAGGUUGUAAGUUUAAUACAAAAAGCAGCCGGACUGAUUUGAAGUUCUUGAAGAUAUUUCACUCUCGACUGAAGAUUGUGUUCAGUUUCAAUCAAGUCCAGUUUCUAUCAAGGUUAAACUUGGCACCACAAUGAUCUUAAAGACGUUAUAUGUUUGAUUUAGUAAAUAAAAAAGUGGGUCCUUCAUGAGAGAGGUGGAGCUAAAGGUUGAAACACUGGCUGACAAUGAGACGAAUACUGGGAGUGCUAUGUGCUCUUGAGAACAUGAACCCUUUGCUCCAGUAUUGAACUUGAGAGAACCACUCAAUGACAGCUGUCUUAAACUUUGUCCACCUGCCCCUCAGGUCUUCAGAGGAUCUACUCCCUCACCAGGUCAGGUGGUUAUGAGUUACGGAUUGACAUGGCCGACUUUGAUAAUGCCACAGCAUUUGCGCAUUACGCUGAUUUCUCUGUUGGUCGUGAUUCUGUGAACCCUGAAGAAGAUGGCUACCCGCUUAUUGUGGACCAGUACUCUGGGACCGCAGGUGACAAUACUGGAAUAACUACUUUGCUUUCAUGGUACUACAUAGCAAUACAGGGUACUAAUUUAAAUUCUUUUGUUCUGUAGGUGACUCCCUCCUUAAGCACUCGGGUAUGCAAUUCACCACCAAAGACAGAGACCAGGACCAGUCAGAGAACAACUGUGCUGCAUACUACCAGGGGGCAUGGUGGUACCGUAACUGCCAUACCUCCAACCUGAAUGGGCAGUACCUGAGUGGAGGCCACGCCUCAUAUGCUGAUGGUGUGGAGUGGUCCAGCUGGACCGGCUGGCAGUACUCACUUAAGUUCACUGAGAUGAAGAUACGACCUAACACCAAAUCAGACUCUUCACAAUCUGGUCCUAAACUUGACCCCUGAGCUGUACGCCUACACUCCAACCUGUUCUCAACCUGACUCUUAAACCUAACUCUUACCACUUCCCAUAAACCAUGAUCUAAUCCUGACCCCUUGCCUUUACUCUGAAUCCUUAACCCCUGACCCAAACUUAAUCCUCAAUUUUUCUCCUUCCCUUCGACUGUUGACCUAUGAUCUUUGUUCCCUUGUACAUUUCCCUGCUGCGACUUCAGGAAAUAACUGUUUGUGUGUUUUAUGUAAUUGUUUCUUUGUACCUACAGAUCAAUACAAAAUGAAAAAUGCUUUUUUAAAACUUUUAGAACAUACACACAGUUAUACUGUGCAACACCUAUUUGAAAAGGAAUUCAUUGUUAUUUCACUGUAUUCUUGGUUAAAAAACCAAUCAGUGUCUACCUACUGAAAAACAAUAUCUACCAAAAGCAUCAUGGCAUUCACCAACCGAUAACUGUUUAGCUUAAAGCCACACAGAUCAAAGAAUGAAUGCAAUUCAAACAACUUUAUCAAUUCAGUAAGCAGUGUUGGAGGCACCGAAUUUUAAGACCAAACGAAGUCUCAAGUCCUAAAGGUUCAAGCCUAAGCUGGUUCUGUGUUGCCACAGAUCUAUCUGAAUCAACUCUCUCCUUUCAAUCAGAACAGCUCCAUUUAUAACAGAAAAUUCUUCUUUCUAUUGUCAGAAUUAUCUAUUUUCCUGUGACAAAAUCGUGAAAAUGAUAUGAACUCACACAGAUCCAAAAAAUAGUUGAAAAGUUUGAGUUCUUGCUUGCAGUUGCUUUCCAGAACAAAACUCAUGAUUCAUGCCUCAUCUUGCCGACCUUGCAGAAACUUGCUGAACAAGAUGGCAUUCUAUCAGACGUGCAGGUGUACACAUGUGGCAGUCCUUGCUGCAAACUGAAUAAGUUAAUGGCACAAAAAUUAACAAAAAAAAACAAAAAAAAACCCAACAGACUUGAUCAGCAAAUAAAUUUGACUGUGUCUCUGCUUCUUCUUUGCAAUCAGUGAUGCAGUCAAUCCUGAGUCCUCUCAAGGGCUGUCUUCACUUGUCUCCAACUUCAAAGCUCACUGGUCUCCAAAGAAACGUGCUUACAGCCCUGCUGGCAUGAAUUAAUUCACUUUAUGUGACCCUCUCUGAUAUACUGUAUAUUACUUCUGCCAGGAUACAGCCUCUCUGUCUUGCCUAUCAUGACAUGCCCCCUCAAAAAUGUGCAUUUAAAGUUUGUUCCUAUACUUUCUUCAUCUGUCAUGAUGCAGAAUGUGGAAUUAUUGAAGAAUUCUUUAAUCUAAUUUUUUUUUUUUUUAGAGUCGGAUCUAUUAUUUCACUUCUGUUUGCUGAUGGUUGUGCAUUUGGAUCAUCUUACUGAUGAUGCAAUAGAUAAUGUGAAAGUAGGACUGAUGCUUCAAUAAAGAGUGUUUCAACUUCCAUUUUUUUUUCUCCUUCUGUUCUCACUCUGAUGUUGCACGUCAGAUUGAAGCUCAGAUCAACUGAGAUUUAGGCUUGUUUAAAACUGUUUUAGGAGAUAUUCAGAUGUGACAAUUCAGAAUAUUUGGGGCUACAGAAACUG